CGUGUUAUUUCCUGCUCCGCAGGUGGUAUUACAUUGUGGUGGUGCCAGUCACGCAAGGCAGCUCCGGGAGGUGGGAGAACCCGGACGAAAUGGACCUGGAUGAGCUGCUGGGGGCCAGUGAGAGCCCCAACUUGAGGCGGCGGAGGAGACAAGCAGAGACCCUGAAGCCUUACAUCGCUGCCAAGCUCCCAUCCCUACCAGAAACCUUCACCUUGGGAGACGAGAAGAAUUACCAUGGCUUCUACAACAAGCCUCUCUCGGGGCAGCAGAAAUACCUUUGCUUCGUGCUGGCAGCCCUAGAGAAAAGAGACUCUGUAAGUCCUGUUUGA